AAACACGAGAAUUAACUAGAAAAUCUUUUCUGGUAAAUUAAGGUUUCAAAAUGGCCUCGAAAGCUUUCUUGAUCGCAGUUUUCUUUGCAACGGUUGCUGCUCCAACUAUGGCAGCUUAUUAUAUGGUUGGAGAAAAUGAUGGCUGGAAACUGGGUGUCAAUUACACUCAAUGGGCUGCAGACAAAACGUUUUACGUUGGAGACACACUGAUGUUCAUGUACGAUAAGGCAUCUCACAAUGUUUUGAAAGUGAAUGGAUCUGAUUUCCGAAAGUGUUUGACAUCAAACACAACUGGUCUUCUGACCAGCGGAAACGACGUAAUUACCCUUGCGAAACCAGGGAAGAAGUGGUACAUUUGUGCGGUUGAGGAUCACUGCACGAAGAGGAUGAAGCUUGUGAUCAAUGUAUCUGAAGCAGCAGCACCCUCUCCUUUACCUCCUCCAAAACCGGGAUCUUCAGGAGCCUCUAAAAUCUCUACCUUUAAAUCUUUUGGGUGGAUGCUUGCAGCAUUGACUGUUUUUAAGAUGAUCCUGGCUUAACAUAUGCAGUCCAACUCUUAAUUUUCAAGACGUGUCAUUCACUUUCUAAUUCUGUGUUGAGUGAUAUUAAAAAUAAAGUUUUACUAUUUGGUUUUUUUCUUUUGUCACUUUCAUUUGAACAUAUAUGUUGUUACUAUAUUGAUGAGA